GUUUAAUUUUAUUUUCCCUAUAAUUCUUUCAUGGUUUAAAUAAUAUUUAUUUAAGGUAAAAUUCUACUUUGUAUUACUAUUUUGUUUCUCUUGUAUUUAUGAAUUAUUUUUAUUCACUCGCUGACUGUUAAGCCAUGUUUUGUCGUGUUAAAUUGUUUGAGAAAAAAAAUUGGAUAAAAAAAAGAAUAAUAAACGUGACUAUUUGAUCAGGGGGGAAAAACUUUAUUAACACAGAUUUGAUGAACAGAAGUGAAAACUUCCAGGAAUGUUUUGAAUUUCUGAGUCUUUCAGUGGUUUAAACGUCUCAUUUCUCAGAAUUAAUUGUUGAAUUUGUGUGAAAGAAAACUAACUUACAGAUUGAAGCUAAUUAAUAACAACAGGAGUCUGGAUCAGUUUAAUCUCAUAGGAUUCAAUAAGUUGUGGAGUUUUUGCUGUGGUUAGUUCUGAUUGAGACGGUCCUACCGCAGCAGAUCUAUUAGUUUGGGUUUCCUGAUGUUAUUACAAUUGUGGUAAAUAAAAUGUAGAAAAAAAAUUUACAAUAAAAAUGCUAAAUAAAAAAAUUUAACUUGGAACCAUAAAAUACGGAGGCCCUGAAGAGACAUCAAAAUAGAAAAAAAAGUUUAAAAAUACAUAAAAUGCAAUAAUUUUAUAUAUUUUUAAAUUUUAUAUAUAUAUAUAAUUUUUACUUCAAUGUCUCUUUAGGGCCUCCAUAAUAAAAAGUAAAAAGUUAAAAACAUAUACAUUUAGAUAACAGAGUUAAAAAAAAACACAUAUUAUUAUUAUUAUUAUAAGUUACUUAAGCAAAAUUCACUAUUUCUGUCCCUCCUCACGUUUUUCUGUCCUGAACGCGCACGCGCGCACGUCUAACUGGAAGGAGUUUCAAACCAAUCUGCAGUUUCGAGGACACCGGUUUGACUCGCCGGACCCGGUCCGGGACUUUGUGGGCCGGGCGGAGUUCCGGGAGGGGCUUUAUUCCAGUCGGUGCGGAGCGGCAUGGAGGCGCGCAGGUGUUCCUCCGCGGCGCAGCAGGACUGCGCGCAUCCGUUCAUCCAUGACGUGAAGCUGAGCACGGCGCAGAGGAUCAAGGGGGCGCUCCUGGGCUCAAUCCUCUUCCCGUUGCGCGUCACCCUGGCGGCGCUCUUCUUCCUCAUCAUGUGGCCCCUGGCCCGGCUGCGACUGGCCGGCCUGUCCGAGGAGGAGCGUGCCAAACCCGUGACGGGCUGGCGGAGCUGGCUGUUCCACCCCCCCAUCUGGCUCCUGAGUCGCGCUGUCUUCUUCUCCCUGGGCUUCCUGUGGGUCAGGGUGAAGGGACGGCGGGCCAACCUGAGGGAGGCGCCGGUGCUGGUGGUGGCCCCCCACAGCGGCUUCUUCGACAUGCUGGUUCUGUGUCCCACCCAGCUGGCGACGGUGGUGUCGCGCUCUGAGAACACCAGCCUGCCUGUCAUCGGAGCCCUGCUGGAGUUCAACCAGUCCGUGUUGGUGAGUCGGAAGGAUCCGGAGUCCAGGAAGAAGGCCGUGGCUCAGCUCAUCCAGAGGCUCACCUCUGGUGGAUAUUGGCCUCAGAUGCUGAUGUUUCCUGAAGGAACCACAACCAAUGGACGCUCCCUCAUCAAAUUCAAACCAGGAGCCUUCCUGGCCGGCGUCCCGGUCCAACCCGUCCUCCUGCAUUACCCGAACAGGCUGGACACUGUUCGUUGGACGUACAGAGGAACAACCUGGAUGGAGGCGAUCUGGUACACCACGUCUCAGCUCUACACCAACAUGACAGUGGAGUUCUUGCCGGUUUAUAAACCUUCAGAGGAAGAGAAGAAGGACCCCAACCUGUACGCCGACAACGUCCAGAAGCUGAUGGCCCGAGCUUUGGGGGUCCCGGCUACAGAUUAUGUGAUGGAGGGCCGGGUUCCUGUCAGUAAAGUGGGUGGUCUGUCUCUGCCGCUGGAGUCUCCGGCCCGAGCUGCGCUGACGGAGCUGCGCCGAGGCGGCCUGGGGGAGCAGGAGAUCCAAGCGACCAUCGACAGGAUAAUCAACAGGUGUGGGGAGGACCCUCAGGGGUCAAAGGUCAGCGUGGAGGAGCUGGCCUCCGUGCUGGGAUUGAGGGACAGACGAGCAGCACUGCAUGUGUGCGGCCUCUAUUCCAAGGACGAGAGCGUGGACCUCCGGCAGCUCGGCCUCAGCGUUCUGGCUCUGUCCGGACUGACGGACUUCGGGUCGCUGCUCCAUUCUGCCUUCACUCUCUUUGACAGGGAGAAGAGAGGCAGUCUGAGCGCACAGCAGCUCUCUGGCCUCAUGGGGGCGCUGCUGGGCGUUCCUCAGCAGGACACCGCCGCUCUGUAUGCAGAGGCCUGUGGCGGGGGCUCGCUCACGGAAGGAAAGCUGCUGCAGGUUCUGACCCAACACCACACGUACCAGAAGGUCAAGGAGUUCCUGGAGUCCCAGGAGGCAGGUUCUCCAGUCACUCCCCCUAAAGCCAAAGGUGUGAACGCCACCAACGGACACUCGGUCAUCAGGGAAACCCCGCCCCCCCACAACAAGAAGCAGGAAUGAUCCGCUGAUGUUCUGCAAACUUUGGAAAUAAGGGCAUACAACUGUGUGUGUGUGUUUUUACUGUGUAAAUGUUGCCGUUUUUAAAUAUUUUAAUGUUUUUUAACAAUAAAGUGAAAACUAUUUAUUAA